AUGGAGGAACCAGUCUAUGCUCACUGGAAAGCUUUAAAGAGAAUUCUUCGAUACGUCCAAGGAACUGUGUCACUUGGAAUGUUUUAUUCGAAGGCAGAAGAGUACAAGCUGACUGGAUACUCAGAUAGUGAUUGGUGCGGAGAUGUUGAUGAUCGAAAGAGCACCUCAGGCUAUGUUUUCUUCAUGGGAAACACUGCUUUCACAUGGCUUUCGAGGAAGCAGCCAAUUGUGACUCUCUCGACGUGUGAAGUUGAAUACGUUGCAGCAUCUUGGUGCGUGUGUCAUGCAAUUUGGCUGAGGAGAUUGCUAAACAAAAUAGAAUCGAAGCAGGAAGACGCAACAUUGAUAAGAGUUGAUAACAAAUCUGCUAUCGAACUGGUGAAGAAUCCAGUAAAUCACGAAAGGAGCAAGCACAUUGACGUCCGCUUCCACUUCAUUCGAGAACACGUGAAGGAAGGAAGUGUCGAACUAAAACAUGUUGCAAGCAAGGACCAAGCAGCAGACAUUUUGACCAAACCACUAUCGAAGGAGCUGUUCGAUAGAGGCAAGAAGAUGUUGGGCAUGAUUGAUCGGAAGAGCAUUUAA